UUUGUGAAUUUUGCAUGAAAUAUAUGAAAACUACGGAAAUGAGACAGAGGCAUUCAGAAAGGUGUGAGCUUCGACACCCACCAGGCAAUGAAAUUUAUCGUAAGGACGACUUGUCGGUAUUUGAGGUAGCGCAGUUAACAGUUCUGUCGUUUGCUUUCCAAGUUGAUGGUUACUGCUCCAGAAUUUACUGUCAGAAUCUUUGUCUCCUGGCGAAGCUAUUUAUUGAUCACAAAACAUUAUACUAUGAUGUCGAACCUUUUUUAUUCUAUGUGGUCACUAAGAACGAUAGCAGUGGAUGCCAUUUUGUCGGCUACUUUUCCAAGGAAAAAUUUAGUGCUCAGAAGUACAAUUUAUCGUGCAUUAUGACAUUGCCGUCAUAUCAGAAGCAGGGAUACGGAAGAUUUUUGAUUGAUUUUAGUAAGUGUUUAGAUGUAUACUAUACACAUAAAAAAGGUCGUGGUACCAUGCUCGUCCUUCUACGUGGUUGCUGCGGAGAAUCAACAACUCACAGCUUGACCUGCUUGGUUUGUAUCUUCGUGGAUGUUUAA